UCAUAUCUUUAAAAAACAAAAUAAAUUAUCCUUAAAAAAUUAUUGUAUUAGUUGAGGUAAUUAUAUAGCUCCGUAUGUAGGAAUAAAGGCAGCGGCAAAAGACUAUAAAGUUAGCUUAAUUGAGUUAACAUUUCCUUAUUUAAGGAGUAAGUAAUAUUUUUUGGUCUAAUUUGUUUCUGCUUUUAUGAAUAUUUUAAUAAAAAAUUAUAUUUCUUUUGUGGCUAAAGGGUAUAAAUAGAGGAUUUCUAUUUCUUAAUCGUGUCCAAUGAUCAUUCUAAUAAAUUGAAUGACUCUCUUGCAUUGACCUUUUCGUUUCCAUCCUGUCCAAUCACAUAAAGUGAGACUUAGUCUUUUUCUUCAAAAAAAUUAAAUAAAAAGUGGAUUAAUAUGUUAAAAAAGACCCAGUCUCAAUUUCUAUUGACGAAUAUUCAACUUUUAUUUUGAAAAAACUUCUUAAAUACCACAAAAUAUAAACUGCUGAAUAUUUUAGACAAUAAAAAUUAAAUAUUUUCGCUUCUGGUUAUUGAAAGCCUAACUACCAUUGCUGCUGCACUUCAAUAUCCAAGUCUUCUUCUUCUUCUCCUCUCUCUCCCUCCCUCUCUCUCUCUCUGUUAUCAGCAAUGGUUCUCAGAAGCCACGGCUGCACCACGAUUCAUCUCAUCCUCCUCUACUUCUGCAUCAAUGCUUUCACCUCGUUCGCCAAUGAUACUAUCUCCGGCAACCAAACUCUCUCCGGAGACCAAACCAUCGUCUCCGCAGGGGAUAAGUUCGUGCUCGGCUUCUUCAAACCAGGCAAGGCUCCUCGGCACUACAUAGGCAUAUGGUUCAAGAAAGUCCAAAACCAAACUGUAGUUUGGGUGGCCAAUAGAGAAAUCCCUGUUUCCGAUCCCAAUACUGCCAAACUCCUGAUUUCAGGAGGAAACCUUGUUCUGCUGAAUGAAUUAGGAUCAGAGAUUUGGUCCACCGCUGUGAAUUCAACAUCUGCGGUCAAUUCCAGCUUAGCUGCAGUGCUUGGGGAUGAUGGAAAUCUUGUUUUGAGCAAUGGCACCGGCUCAAAUCCAAGAUCCGGGCAAGUUUUGUGGCAGAGUUUCGAUCAUCCGGUGCACACAUGGCUUCCAGGAGGGAAAAUUGCCUAUGAUAAAAUCACUAAAAAGAAGCAGCUCUUAACUUCUUGGAAAAAUGAGGAGGAUCCUGCAAUGGGGCUUUUUUCGCUCGAGCUCGAUCCGGAUGGGAGUCAGUAUCUCAUAAAAUGGAAUAGGAGUGUGGAGUAUUGGACUAGCGGGCCUUGGAAUGGCCAUAUUUUUAGUAAGGUUCCUGAAAUGAGACUGACUUCCUAUUUUGAUUUUAGCUAUGAAAAUAAUACCAAUGAGAGUUAUUUCACAUAUUCUAUGCAUAAUCCUGCUGUUAUAUCGCGCUUUAUCAUGGAUGUGUCGGGGCAGAUUAAGCAGCAGACAAUUCUUGAUGAAAAUGAUUGGAACUUGUUUUGGACUCAGCCGAGGGAGCAAUGCCAAGUUCAUGAUUAUUGUGGGGCAUUUGGUAGCUGCCAGAAUGUAUUGCCAUCCUGUAGUUGCUUGCCGGGGUUUAGGAUUAGAAAUCUGAGUGAUUGGGAUUUGAAGGAUUAUUCGGGUGGUUGUGUGAGGGAUGUGAGCUUGCAAUGUAAUGGUUCUAAUGGGAGGGGAGAUAGCUUUUGGCCUGUCACCAAUGUGGGAUUGCCUGUGAAUGAGGACCUGUUGACAGUUGGGAGUGUUGGAGAGUGUGAGUCGAGUUGCUUCAACGAUUGUUCUUGCACGGCUUAUGCCUAUGAUGAAGGGAGAGGAUGUUCUGUCUGGAAAGGGGAUUUGGUGAAUCUGCAGCAGUUGAAUGAAGGAGAUGGUAAUGGUAAAGUGAUUCACAUUAGGUUGUCUGCCUCUUCAUCGGUGUUUUCUGGUUCGAAGAAUAGUAAGGGGUCCAUGAUUGGUGUUGUUGCGGGCUGUGUUGGAGGUGCCUUGGUCGUGGUUGCAGUCGUGGUGGGGUUGAUUUGGAGGAGGCGGAAACGAGCAGUUGGGAGUUCUAAAGCAGUGGAGGGUUCAUUGGCUGUAUUUGCAUACAAGGACUUGCAGAAUGCAACGAAGAACUUCUCGGAUAAGUUGGGAGGUGGUGGCUUUGGAUCUGUUUUUAAGGGGACUUUACCUGAUUCAACAGUCAUUGCUGCUAAGAAGCUCGAGAGCAUCACACAGGGAGAGAAGCAGUUCAGGACAGAGGUCAGCACGAUUGGGACGAUUCAACAUGUGAAUCUUGUGAGGCUCCGUGGCUUCUGCUCCGAAGGUAGCAAGAAGCUGUUGGUAUAUGAUUACAUGGAGAACGGAUCCCUUGACUCUCAUCUCUUUCACGCGAACGAGAUCAAGUUCUUGGAUUGGAAGACGAGGUACCAAAUCGCCCUUGGGAUCGCUAGAGGGCUGUCGUAUCUUCAUGAGAAAUGCAGGGACUGCAUCAUCCACUGUGAUAUAAAACCAGAGAACAUAUUGCUGGACCCUGAGUUCUGUCCCAAGGUGGCGGACUUCGGCCUGGCCAAGCUCGUGGGGCGUGAUUUCAGCCGCGUCCUCACCACCAUGAGAGGAACGAGAGGCUACCUUGCGCCUGAGUGGAUAUCCGGAGUUGCCAUAACAGCCAAAGCAGACGUCUACAGCUACGGGAUGAUGCUUUUUGAGUUAGUCUCCGGAAGGAGAAAUUCAGAGAGCUCGGAGGAUGGGACUGUCAAAUUCUUCCCCUCGUGGGCAGCCAACGCAGCUGUCAAUGGAGGCGACUUGCUCAGCCUAUUGGAUCCUGUUUUGGACAGAAACGCUGAUGCGGAACAGGUGCUGAAGAUUUGCAAGAUUGCCUGUUGGUGCAUCCAAGACGAUGAGGACGCGAGGCCAUCAAUGGGGCAGGUUGUUCAAAUUCUCGAAGGCGUAAUGGAUGUGAACCCGCCUCCGAUCCCUCGUUCACUCCAGGUCUUUGUUGAGACACAGGAACACAUAGUGUUCUUCACUGACUCCUCUACAGACCAGAGCUCGCAGGCAAAGAGCAACGCCUCCUCAAGUGCUUCGUCUAACUCCAUGAACAGCAGCGUGUUGUCAGCAACGGGCUAGCCGGGUAAGACACUAAAUAUAACUAAGUUGUGUUGGGAAUCUUGACAUGUAUUAGAUAGUAUAUAUAUGUAUAAUUGUCUCGUUUUGUAUUUAUAGCAUCAUGUAUGUAAUCAAGAUUCACAGUUUGUAAGCUUGUUGAAUAAUGUUGAAAAAAAAUCAUGUCUUUUUGCCUA